AUGACAGUCAAGUUGCACAGUUCCGCAACCGACCUCUUGAUCGAAACCUACCCAACUCUCUAUGAAAAAGAGAUAUCAGCGAACAUUAUUCUCGCCCAUGCGCUAGACCGCUCACAGGAAGCGGGGAAAGAGCUUCAAUCUCUACGGCUUGCCGUCUGUGAGCAGGAUGUUCCGAAAGUAGGUCCGCAGGGUGCACCAUCAGAUGACUUGUCUUCUGGCACACAGAACUUCUGGUUGACAUUGUGGACAACUGUCGGCACAGAAGCAAAGGCUCUAAAGCUUCAGCUGGUGCUGUCGUGCCUGAGCUGGAGUCUCGGAGAUUACCCCAUAUUCCUGUGGUCGUCGGAUGCACCAGGAGAGACAACCGAUGACAAGUUGGCCCCACGCCUCGAGCUGCUCCAGGAUGCAUUACAGUCCAUUGUCGAUCGUCGUCGAGUUUUCUCAGUGUUUGGUAGGACAGAUCUAGUGACCGCCUUUAAAAGAUGCUGGACAUCCAACACAGGCGCCACCGACGAACCGAAGCCAUUCUACACGGCGCUCAUGACGUACUGCACAAGGGAAACAUUCAAACCAUCCCAACGCAUACAGCUGGAAAGGGGAACAAUCCGCAAGGCGGCGUUUACUGACAUAGACGCCAUAGGCGUUCUCUGUAAGGAAUUUGCGGACGCAUCAAUAUACUUUCCGCUUACGUCGGAUGGAGGGAAGAAGGAAGCGCAGUGGCUCAUUGAGAGGAAUAUCAUUUGGUUAUACGAGACUGCUGGGAAGGUCGUAAGCAUUUGUGCUGCUUCUCGUCAAUCCGACAGAGUCGCGGUGUUAACGAAGGUCUACACGACGCCUGAGUGGCGUAGAAGAGGUUUUGCGGAGGCGCUGGUCAGGGUUGUCACUGACGAGAUGUUGAAGACAAAACAAUACGCAGCACUUUAUGUGGGAGUUGAAAAUGCCGCUCAACACAUAUACGAUAGGGUCGGAUAUGUCGGACUUUGUGGUAAGGUUAGGCCCGCUUUCGUUGAAGACGUUUUGGAAAUCGGCUUUCACGGUACGGACAGGGGAUUCUGGUAA